AUGGCCCCGAAGAUUGGGAGUCGUAGUAUCCCAUCCGAUGAUCAACAGUUUGAAAGUUACGAAGCUGGGCACCAAGUUGCUCUUGCUACGCACUCAGAUGAGGCGAAUCCGCUGUUUUUUUCGCCAGUCCGCGGCUCGCCGAUGCAUAUCCUGGACAUCGGAACCGGUAAUGGCACCUGGGCCAUAGACGUCGCUGAUAAAUUCCCAUUUGCCACUGUUCGAGGAGUCGAUCUUUUCCCACCUCCUGUCAACUGGGUACCGCCAAACUGUAUCCUAGAGGUUGAUGAUGUGCUUCAGAAAUGGACAUGGAGUAAGAAAUUUGAUUUGAUCCAUAUGCGCCAUAUGACAGGAUCUUUUAGUCCUCCGGAGUGGGAUUUGGUCUACGAAAGGUGUUACGGAAACCUGAGAACUGACGGCUGGAUCGAACAAGUGGAAAUGAGCUUUAUCGUCCAGACUGAUGACGACAGUCUUCCGCCCGAUAGUGUCUUGUCCCACUUCGGUCCAAACAUAAUUUGGUGCGGAGCGCACGCCGGCCGGCCGUGCGAUAACAUCGAUACCAUCUCUAGCAGCAUCCGAAAGGCUCGAUUUGUCAAUGUGCAUGAGAAGACUUAUAAGUGGCCGAUCGGCCCAUGGCCCAGAGACGGACAGUUAAAGGAGUUUGGCACCCUCAAUUUCCAACACUGGAUAUCCGGUAUUGAGGGAUGGUGUAUGUGGCUUCUCACAAAGUUUGGCAAGCCGCAGCCGUGGACCAAAGAGGAAGUCCAUGUGUAUGUAGCUCAGCUACGUGAGGAGCUCCAAAACCCUUAUCGCCAUGUUUGGCACAGGGUACGAAGAGUUUGGGCGCAAAAGCCUGCAGCCGUUAUGACAGAACUCUGA